CCCUGCCUGGAUGAACUUGCCUCCCAGGAAGAGAGACCUAAGUUGGCAACCACCCUUAUGGCCACAUUCAUCUCAGUGGCUGAGGGGCCAGUGGACUUUGGGAGUCAAUCAGGCUUGGAUUCCAAUCUCAACAUGGCCUCUCUAGCUGGAGGAUUUGUCACUUCUCUGUGAGCUUUCAUGUCUUCAGGGUAGAAUAAAAAUGACAAUAAUCAACUACUUCCUCAUGCAAGUGCCUGCCACUUGACCAGAUCCCAGCGUGAGGUUGCAGCCAACUCCUAUGUGUCCUUGCACAGGCGCAGCCCCCCUAUUUGCCUCAUUUUUCCCUGACUAUGAAAUGGAGCUGAGUUGCCAGGGUCCUGCUGAAGGAAGAGCACACGUGGCAUCUCUAGGGCCCUGGGGGAGGGGUGAGGUGUCAGUUCCCCAUUGGUCUGGGACAGAGGCAGUUCCCACUGCACCCAUGAGCACGUACAUCUGCACCCCAACCACAGUGCAUGCUCAGUGAGCUCACUCAGGAGGCCAUGAGACUGUCACUGCCACUGCUGCUGCUGUUAGGAACCUGGGCUGCCCCCAGGGGCCUUGGAGAAAAGGCCUGGCUCUCAGCCACUGCCCCACAGCUUGAUGAGGAGGAGAAGUACUCAGCCCACAUGCCUGCUCACCUGCGAUGUGAUGCUUGCAGGGCCGUAUCCUUUCAGAUGUGGCAACAUCUGGCAAAGGCAGAGGCCAAGCUUCAUCAUCCAGACUCCUGGGGGACACAGGGGCUGAGUGAGUCCAUAUACACAGACAUCCUGGACCGAUGCUGCUCCCAGAACUGGCAGGACUAUGGUGUCCAAGAAGUGAACCAGGUGAAACAUCUCACUGGCCCAGGUCUUAGCAAGGGGACAGAGCCAAGCAUCAGUGUGAUGAUCACAGGAGGCCCCUGGCCCAUCAGGCUCUCUGAAACAUGCUUUCACUACCUGGGAGAGUUUGGAGAAGACCAGAUCUACAAAGCCCACCAACAAGGCCAAGGAGCUCUGGAGGCACUGCUGUGUGGGGGCUCCCAGGGGGCCUGUUUGGACAAGGAGACAGCCACAAGGAAAGAGCUCUAGUCCAUCACUACUCCUAUCCCUUAAAGAGAAGCUGGGACCGCCUCUGGACCUUUCCUGUUGCUUUCUGCAGGCUACCAGAGGGCAGGGAGGUGCUGCUGCUCUUUCCUCCUACACUCUGGGGCACUAGGGCCUGGGAGGGACAUAGUCUUUCUCUGAACUCAAAUAAAACCCAGUGAUCUUGA